AUGAAGAAGCGCGUGGCCAUCCAGACGCCUCGAGGCAUUCGGUAUCCAGGAGGCUUGCCCUCCCCACGCCGCAACAUGAUGCUGCGCUCGCGGCAGCAGACCUACACCUUCGUCGCCGGCGUCUUCAUUCUCUACGCCAUCUUCGCCACCACCCGCACAUUUCUCCCCGUCGCCGACCUGCCCCUGCCCAUCCUCUCGGACAUCGAGCCGUCCUUCGCCUACGACAAGGAGCCCGUCUCCGUCACGGACGAUGGCGACUGCCCCGAGUAUGGCCGCUGGGCUGCACAUCCCCACGAGCCGAGGUCUGCUGGCAAGUACCGGCUGCCGUACCAGAGGCCAGCCCCAGAGUGCAGGAAGAUCGUCAUCCCCGAGGUCGAGGAGGCCAUCCGCGAGAUGAACAAGACUAUCAAGGACCCGGACUUGUUCAGGCUGUUUGAGAACUGCUUCCCCAACACGCUUGACACCUCCGUGACGUGGACGGGCGUGUCGAGCACCAACAUGCAAGAAGAGCUCACCUUCUUAACAACAGGCGACAUCCACGCCAUGUGGCUGCGUGAUUCGGCCAACCAACUUCAGAGCUACGUCAGCCUGCUGAAGCCGCUCACGAGCGACAAGAGCAGCAGCAGCAGCAGCAGCAGCAGUAGUAGCAGUAGCAGCUCCUCAUCAAAAUCCACCACCUCCAGCGACCAGCAGCAGCAGCAGUCCAGCAGCGGCAGCGGCAAGCUGGCCUCGCUGUUCCGCGGCGCCAUCAACCUCCAGAGCAGGUACAUCCUGGCGUCGCCGCACUGCAACGCCUUCCAGCCGCCGACCGAGUCGGGCAUCGACCCGGCCGACGGCGGCCACCGCUCCGACUUCGUCUCGCCCGCCUACAACCACGACGUCGUCUUCGAGUGCAAGUACGAGCUGGACAGCCUGGCCUCGUUCCUGCAGCUGUCGUGGGACUACUACUCGCGCACCAAGGACGCGCGGUUCUUCGUCGACGCCAGCAGCAGCGGGUUCCCCACCUCUGCGCCUUCGUCAUCUUCUUCCUCGUCGAAGAAGAGCGGCGGCAGCAAGAAGACAGCCAAGGGCAGCAGCAGCAGCACCAGCAGGAGGAGAAAAGGCGGCAGGAGGAAAGGCGGCGGCGGCGGCAGGGGCAGGCGGCCCGGCACGGACGGGUGGAAGGACGCGGUGGAGGCGGUCCUGGACACGGCGGAGGGGAUGCGGCAGCCGACGUACAAGGACGACGGCAUGGUGCCGGACGCGCCGUACCGCUUCACGCGCGUCACGAGCGCCGCGACCGAGACGCUGCCCAACGGCGGCAACGGCAGCCCCGUCAGGGGCGGCACGGGCAUGGUGCGCAGCGCGUUCCGCCCCAGCGACGACGCCACCACGUUCCAGUUCCUCGUGCCCGCCAACAUGAUGCUGGCGCGGUACAUGGGGCUGUGCGCCGAGAUCGUCGACCGCGUCGAGAAGGAGGAGGCCCGCGUCGCUGCCGCGCUGGCUGCUGCGGCUGCGUCGUCCCCGGCCUCCAAGGGCUCUGCGAGCCAGGAUGUCGUGGGUGGUGCGGAGGAGUACGAUGAGGAGGUCAUCGAGGGGGAUGAGGACGAGGACGAGGCGGACGACGAGCCCCUCGCGGACAGGAUGCGGCGUAUGGCUAAGGAGAUCAAGAAGGGCAUCGAGACGUACGGCAAGAUCAAGCACCCGCAGUUCGGGGAGAUUUACGCCUACGAGGUGGACGGGUAUUACUCAACCAACAUGAUGGACGACGCGAACCUGCCAUCCCUCCUCUCAAGCCCCCUGACAGGCUACGUAGCACGCACCGACCCAGUGUACAAGGCAACGCGCAAGUUCGCCCUGUCGGACGCGAACCCCUACUACGACCACGGGCCCGUGAUCAACGGCACGGGCGGGCCCCACAUCGGCCCGGGCAUGGCGUGGCCCAUGUCGCUGGUGGUGGGGAUCAUGACGAGCGACGACGACGACGAGAUCAUGGGGAUGCUGGGCCAGCUGGUGGCGUCGACGGACGGGCUGGGCCUGAUGCACGAGAGCGUCAACGUCUGGAACGCCGGGAUGUGGACGCGCGCCUGGUUCAGCUGGGCCAACGGCCUGUUUGGCCAGAUGAUCCUCGACCUCGCCGAGAGGAAGCCUGCCGUGUUGAAGAGUAGCUUCCAGGGCGAGGGGAAGGGCAAGUCAUGA